UCUUCCUCCUCCUUUCUUCCCUCCCUUUUCCGAGAAGUCAGCGCAAACUCAAAAGACCAAAGACCAUCACGAAACCCUAAUUCCCAAAAAUUCAAUUCAUUCAACGGCUCAAUCUCGCGAUUCUCCUCUCGUUUGGUCGCUUCCCAACUCGUCAAUCCCUCUCCCCGUCUAUUAUUCAAAUCAGGGAGCGCCGACUGUUUCGGAUUGGUCGACUGGCACGGGAUGAAGCCAUUCUUCUCGACGUUGAAGGCGGUUGGGUGUCUCCUAUCUCGAAGAAGCGGCAUCAGCCGUGCGAUUGGGGCUCCUGGGAGCAAUCUGCAGCCGGGGUCGUGCUGCAAUCAGUACCGAUGCUUGAGCAGCAUUGCCCGCUUUCAUCCUUUGUCUCACUACUAUAGAUCCAUUGGAGCUCUGAAUGAGCUCGACAGCCUGCCUGCGACGGUGUGCAGCAACAGCAUUGUGCAGAGGAGGCGGUUUCUGGGUUGUGGAGAUGGCGAGGAGGGAGGGGUUCUCUCGAAAGUCUAUGAGGAGAGACGAGUCUUGGGGUAUUCUCCGGAGCAGUUGUUUGAUGUAGUUGCGGCGGUUGACUUGUAUGAUGAUUUUGUUCCUUGGUGUCAGCGGUCGGAGAUACUUAGACAGCAUCCCGAUGGAUCGUUUGAUGCUGAGCUGGAGAUUGGUUUCAAAUUUUUGGUGGAGAGCUAUGUCUCUCAUGUUGAGUUAAAAAGGCCAACUUCAGUAAAGACAACAGCAUCCCGGAGCAACCUCUUUGACCACUUGAUAAACAUAUGGGAAUUCAAUCCAGGACCUGUCCCAGGAUCUUGCAGCCUUUACUUUUUGGUGGAUUUCAAGUUUCAGUCACCACUUUAUCGUCAGGUGGCAUCAAUGUUUUUUAAGGAGGUGGUCGCCCGACUUGUCGGUUCAUUUAAUGAGAGGUGCCACUUGAUAUAUGGGCCAGGAGUUCGAGUCCAUGAGGAGACGUAUGGGCAGAGGAGUUGAAUAUUGAGAAACUUCUCGUUCCUAUUCAUUUUGAGCAGCAGUUCCUGACCUUAACAUCUUGUUCGCAGAUAGGAUCAAAUUUAACUUAGCUUGACCCACCAUAAUUCCAGGUGGGCCAUUUUUCCCCAUUUUGCUUCUGUUUACUUUAUAGCUGCACCACCCUGUAGUUCAUGUAUUUUUAUUGGUUGUAGUACCACUCAAUAAUCGGCAUCACAUAGCGGUCAAUUGAGGGCUAUGGUUGCAAGCAUUUUUCAUGUUACACUAUUCCGAAUACAUGAUGCAUCAGUUUAGUUUAUUUUUUCAAUUGAUUGAAGUUUUUCAA